ACACUGAAAUAACAUGUUCUGCAAUUCGAUAUCGCUGCUCUUCAGGUGAUUUGUGUUUGUUGGGACACAGAUACACAUACACAGAGCUGAAAUCCACCCUUAGAUCACUAGUUAGUGGAACUUCAAAUCGAUUUGAGACGCACCCGGUGAUGAGCACCGUAGAUGGUGGAAUGGACAUGUGUGAAGUUUGUCCCUGACGUCCUGAAGUCGGGUUCUGGGAAACCUUCGGUCAUGGUAGUUUAACUCAAUCAAUAGGGUCUACAAUGGAAUAGUUUAACCCAUUACCGUCACUGCACUAGAUUCACAAUAUGGUAAUAUCAUCCAACAGCUAAUUAGUUAAGCUAAACAUUACACAUGCGCUGAAACGGAGUAACGCAGAUUCACGUGGAUCGUCUGUCAUCUGGAAAUGCAGCGUGUGUAGACGAUCACACAGGAUCACACAAGAUCACACAACAGGACCGGCGCAAAGUCCACGUAGGAAAUAGCACUAAAAGCAAAAACAUUUGAUUAUUAUUAUUUGAUUGUGCUAAAAAAGGGAUGCCUUUACUUGAGCACUGAUCCACACACAACAUGGCAACUGAGACACCCGUCUCCUCCACUGGUCGGUCUCCGAUCGAAGGGGGAAACACAGUGCAAAGGGAUUCGUACUACUUCCUGCGCUCCUUUGUAGCAGGAGGUGUAGCAGGAUGCUGUGCCAAGUGCACUAUUGCACCUCUAGACAGAGUGAAAAUUUUACUUCAAGCUCAUAACCCUCAUUACAAACACUUAGGAGUGUUUUCUACACUCAGGGCUGUACCAAAAAAGGAGGGCUUCCUCGGGCUGUACAAAGGAAAUGGGGCCAUGAUGAUCAGGAUCUUUCCAUACGGAGCCAUUCAAUUCUUGGCCUUUGACUACUAUAGAAAGUUCCUUAAUACACAACUUGGUAUAUCUGGGCAUGUUCAUCGGCUCAUGGCUGGAUCUAUGGCAGGAAUGACCGCAGUCAUUUGUACAUAUCCUCUUGAUGUUGUUCGUGCUCGCCUGGCAUUUCAGGUGACUGGGGAGCAUCACUACACUGGGAUACGAAAUGCCUUCCAGACCAUUUACCUGAAGGAGGGGGGUGUUUCUGGGUUCUACCGUGGUUUAACUCCAACCAUCAUUGGCAUGGCUCCAUAUGCAGGAUUUGCGUUUUUUACAUUUGGAACACUAAAGAGUCUGGGACUGACUCAUUUUCCAGACCGCUUGGGAAAGCCAUCACUUGACAACCCUGACGUCCUGGUUCUGAAGACCCAAGUUAACCUGCUAUGUGGAGGAGUAGCAGGGGCCAUCGCUCAGACCAUAUCAUAUCCUCUGGAUGUUGCCCGGAGGAGAAUGCAGCUGGGAGCGGCGCUCCCUGACGCAGAUAAACACCUCUCACUUACAAAGACUCUUAAGCAUGUGUAUGCUCAGUACGGGAUUAAAAAGGGACUGUACCGUGGCCUGUCUCUCAACUACAUCCGCUGUAUACCGUCUCAAGCCGUUGCCUUCACCACUUAUGAGUUCAUGAAGCAAGUCCUGCACUUGAACUAGAGCAGGGAUCCUCACAUCCACACCAGGAACAAAAUUGCCACACAGCAUUUGGGAGUGUUUUAGGAGCACAGGUGUGGAUAAGGGGACGACUACUUAACCCAGAUCACUGGAAAUUAUCUGCUAACUUUACAGUGGUUGCACUGAACAAUCCGCCUUAACCUUUCAGACUGUAUUGUUGUCUUAUGUCACAAAACACAUCUUUCUCCAGGCUGCUCUGUACGUUUAAUACUGAUUACAUGUCAGUAUGUGAAAGCUAUAAUGCAUCAUGAGCAUGACAGAAACGGUAUUGUGAUUGUCUUGUCAACAUUUUUCAUUAGGACACACUGCAUUAAACAGGGGCUUACAUUCACUGUCCAUUUUAAUUGCUCAUUAAUGCAGUUAUCCAAUCAGCCAAUCGUGUGGCUUUAGCAUGUAGCUACAGGUCAAGAGCUUCAGUUAAUUUUCACAUCAAUCAUCAGAACAUGUCCGAACAGAUCAUGUUUUCUUCAUUCUGUAGUUUGAUAUGAGCUGAUAUGACUGAAUCUGUUGACCUCUAUGUUUUGCCACAUUUAUUGCAUGAAAAAGCAUGUUUCUAUUAAAGUGAACAUCAUGGGGUUUUUUUCCCUAAUGUAUUACCUCCAUUCACUCCAAAUAAAUGCUGUAGAACUUAAUAUGGAUUUUCUCGUAGCAUAUAAUCUUGGACCAGAUGAUUUCUGUAGAAGGCUAUAAGUUUCUGAGAGCUUCUUAACAAUAGAUUCUACAUCUUUAUUAAAACACACUCUGUGACAUUGAGAUUGCACUUUGACAAGGCUUGUUUUGAUGUUUUUUUCUUAACCAUUUUUUUUUAAAUUUAAGUUCAACGUAUGUUUCAGCACCUUUUCAGAGCCAUUGAACACAGCAUAGGGUUCAUCUUUUUGUUCAAGGCAUUUUCUUUGCUUCCACUUGAUGGCAGUCUUAAGAUGAAACAUCAUUUUAACAUCUGUGCAGCAUUCAGUUAUGUUUUUUUUUUUUUUAUCAUUAUAACAAUUUGAAAUGAUCUUUUUACAAAUUGUUAAUAUUAUGUGAUAAACAUGCCUUUAUCUACAGGUACUGCUCUGUCCGAUGGAAAGAAAGAUGAUGGAGACUAUUUAAUCCUCGUUUAAAAAAAAGGUUAUCUAGAUUGAACAGCUUGUACUGUAUAUACAGAGUUAAUUAAGCAUUGGUUGUUAAUAUGCAUAUAUUUAUCAGCAGGUUCAUGUUUUUUUUGUGUGUGUGUGAAGUUAAUGUCUAUUUUUUUGUAUUAGACACAAUUGAAUGAAAUCAUUAUAAUGUGCUCAGAAGAUUUGCUCUGAGAAAUGUUUGUCUUGUUAAUGUUGCUAUUGUAUUGGGAGGCAGACAAGGUUUAACAUUAUUACUCAUGUGAUCAUGAGUAUUGGAAUUUACCUGUAUAAGAUUAAAACUAUGAAAUUGUAUUAGAAAUUUGGAAUUUUUACAUAAUAUUAAGAUAUUGAAUUGAUACAAAACUACUGGGUGGUGAAAAGAAUUGAACAAAAUUGUUUAUUUAUUCAGUGGCUAAAUGAAAUGUAAUUUUCUAUUUCUGCAAAACUCAAUUUGGUCUGUGUGUCAGUAUAUCAAUAAAACGUUCUCGUAACUGUA